AUGCACGUCUGUAUGCAGUUGGAGAGUCUCUCACAAGUUAUCUCUCCAUUAAAAUUUUUUUAUUGCAGGAAGGUUAGGCAACGUUCCAAGGGGGUGCGUUCCCGGGGGAGUCGAUCCGAAAGGGAAGUAGCCAGUUGUCGCGGUGGGGAGGAGGACGCCAAGUUAGGAGAAGAUAAAGACGAUGAAGACAGCAGUCAUGGCAGCAGUGUUGGCAGUGGUGACGACGACGAUGACGAAACUGCCGCCCAGGGUGAUCACUCCGAUGGAGAUUCACACCAAAUGAGCAACGGUGAAAGGAUGUCCAAAGCGGAAAGGAAAAAAAUAAAAAUUUACUUAAAGUUAAAUGAAGGCCUCGACAGCAUAAAAGAUGAGUUGCGUCAAAUUGACAGAGAAUUAAAAAAAAUUCUGCACAAGGAGAGCCUCCACUUGGAUGCCUUCUACAAAUUCAUCCAGGCAGACAAUCCUGCAUCUGGGAAGACACAUUCAGUGAACAACCUCCAGAAGAAUCGCUCAACCGAAUCUGUCGUGGAGAAGGAACCUCAGGAAAUUUGCCUAACAAAGGAGGGCAGAGGUUUGGAUAAGGAAGAGCAGCUGGGCACUUCGAGGGGAUACUCUCCAGACUCGACAGACUCACCAGAUUAUGCAGGCUCCCCCAAUUCGUCAGAUUAUUUAACCUCGCCAAACUCACCAGGUUCUUCCUGUUCUCCCGAUCUUCCUAACGAAGCCAGCCCGACCAACCUUAAUGAUGAAUCCCAUUUGAAUGGUGAGAAAAAGGAUCCAUUGGACGGGGACAAACUAGCAAUUGGUACCAAAGGGAAAAGAGACUCACUUCUUCGUAGGGACCAGGAAGAGACCCGAAAUGUCAUAGAUAAGAAGUCUCCUUCUGUGGAGAGUGACCCACAAAAUGGUCAAGUGGUCAGUGCGGAUUCUGCCGCUGCGGAUGAGGCAAUUUCUGAUGGUGGCGCCGACGCGAUUGGCCCAGACGGGGAGACCACCGAAUUGGGGGAAGCGAGUCCUAAAAGUGAAGUAAAAGAAUUAGAAGCAUCAUCUAGCAAGGUCAAAGAAAUGAGUGCAUCUGCGACAGUGGGAAAAGGGGGUUCUGUGAACGAAGUAAAAGAAAUGGGUUCAUCUGCUACAGUGGGAAAAGCGAGUCCUAAAAAUGAAGUAAAAGAAAUGGGUUCAUCUGCGACAGUGGGAGAAGCGGGUUCUGUGAACGAAGUAAAAGAAAUGGGUUCAUAUGUGAAAGUUGGAAAAGCGAGUCCUAAAAAUGAAGUAAAAGAAAUGGGUUCAUCUGUGACAGUGGGAAAAGCGAGUCCUAAAAAUGAAGUAAAAGAAAUGGGUUCAUCUGUGAAAGUUGGAGAAGCAAGUCCUAAAAGUGGGGUUAGAGACACAGAAGCGCCUAACAGAUCCAAUGAAUCGGACGCGUCUAACAGAGCCAAAAAAUCGGACGCGUCUAACAGAGCCAAAGAAUCGGACGUGCCUAACAGAGCCGAAGAAUCGGACGCGCCUAACAGAACCAAAGAAUCGGACGCAUCCAAAAAGCUGGAAGAAACAGAAGAAUCUAACUUAGUCAAAGAGAUAAGCGAAGCUAUCCAAGUCAAAGGAGAAGAAGCACCCAACGAGGACAAAGAAGUAGGUUCGCUCAACCAAGCCAAAGAAAUGAGUUCCUCUGAUCAACUAAAAGAGGUAGAUUCACCCGGCCAAUUGAAAGUAGACCUGCCUAGCAAAAACGCGAACGACGCCGCAGAGGGACAAAAGGGACUCGUAAAGGAUGCAGUAGAGAGGAAGAGGAGUAACCAACAAGAAGUCCAAAAGGUGGAUGGCAGUUCGGCGGGAAGUGACGCUAAGGGACAGGGAAAGGAAGGCGAAAUGGCGGAAGCGGGGGGAAAGGUGAAAGAUGACGAAGGGGAAAACGCACACCACGAUGGAGAAGAAGGAUCAAACAGCAGAGGCAGAGAAAGCUCAUUCUUUAACGCCAUACAGAACCUCUUCCUCCGUAGGGACAGAAAAAAAGUUCAGAAGGAACCUCCAAAAGAGAAAGUAGAAGAGGAACAAGUAGAAGUCCACAAAAUGAAUGAAAGUGAAAAAAGUGAAAAAGACGAAACAGGCGAAAAAAUGCCAACUGCAGAAUCAAAAAAAAUGGAGGACGAUGCAGAGAGGGGUGACGAUGAGCUAGCCAAAUUUAAAAGCUCAAACGGUAACGAUGCAGAUGUGGGUGUGUGUGCAAACAACGCGGACCACUCGAUCGACUCGAUCAACUCUGACACGGAAGUACGAAGUGACGUUUCAGUUUAUACAAAUGCGAAAUCGGAGGGAGAAGCUAUUCACGUGGACAAGCCGGAGGAAAGCUGUUCAGGUGCAUCUAUGAGUCAGGAUGGAAGGGGACCAACUGUGAGUCGAGGAGAGAAUGACCUGAAAGAGGACGAACAUGGAGAAGCGAUACAUAUGAAAGGCAGCAAAGGGGAUGAAAAGGGUGAAGAAAAAUAUGCCCAUGAGAGGAGACCCCCAAACGUAGAUCCCACUGUGGUAAGAUGCAAGGAUAAAAGUGGAUCUCUUGAUUCGGGGGAUACCCACCAAAGUGAAGGCGGCGAAAAAGUCGUCAUAGAGGAAGACACAAAGGAAGACGUGAUGGACGACGUGACGAACGAAUGGCGUAGCAGUCUGGACGGCACCGAUGAGAUUCACAACCAAAACGGAGACAAACCAGUGACAGAUUCAAAUGAUUGCAUUAAAAAGGUGGAGAAGAAAAUGAGUCACCGAAAUGGACAGGAUCAGGUGAACCAAAGCAGAAGCGAAAAUGAAGACACAUCUACUGGGCAGAGUGGAGUAACUAAAAGUGAUCCCACUGGACAUGCCAGCGAAGCAGGUAACCUGAAGACAGACACGGGAGAGAAUAGCUGCAGGGAAGGUGAGAAGUCUGUAACAGGUGAGCAAAACGAACAGAGCAAACAAGGUGAGGGCACCCCAAAUGGAGACAAAGAUGGCUAUCUACAUGAAAUAACAAAAGAAGGAACCAUCGUAGAGGUGAAAGGUGAUGAGAAUAAGCUGGAGGACGGAAAAAUGGAGAUGAUCGAAGAGGUUUCCUCGGUGAUUGCUUCUGAGGCAGGUGGAGAUGUGACAGACGAACGGAAUUUGAAAAGCCUCUGCGUGAGCGAGUCAGCCGAUAGGGAAGAAAACGACGGGCAUGAUUCCCUUGUUGGCGGUUCAAAGGAAUUUACUAAUGCAGGUUCGGUGCAAUUAAGUGAUGAAGGCUCGGAAAGGAGGGGUUCCUUCGUUAUAGGGACAGAUUAUUUGAAAGAAAACGACAUGAAGGAAACUCCAUCCAUUAUCGAGGCAGCCGAUUCAGGAGGAACUGCGUCGAGGAAGAAAUCCUAUGUUAUCGGAGAAAGCCAGUUUAAUCAGGACACUGUAAAGAAAAACUCGCACGAUAGUAGCUUAGGUAGGCUGACAGAAAACGCGCCGGAAAAAAACUCAUUCGUUAGGAGGGCAGCCGACUCGAAUGAAGACAGCAGAAGGGAGGCUUCCCCCAUGAAUGGUCCAGACGAUUCGAAUGAAAACGAGUCAAAGAGGGGGUCAUACAAUGGAAGGAAAGGCCACUCCGGUGGGAACAUUUCAACGGGGGAUUCACCUCCUGAGAGGGCAAUCGAUUCGAAAGAAAAGGAGCCCAAGACGGGCUCAUAUAUGAGCGGGUCAGGCGAUUGGAUAGAUAAAGACACUAAAAACAUGGAAGGAACGAAGUACACUUCGCACAUGAAUAGACCGGAUGACGUGAGUGAAAGCAUCUCGGAAAAAUUACAUGUAGACUUCGCCACUAACCUGAGCGUUAACCAGGCAUGCGAUUCGAAUGAGAAUAAAUCGGAGGCAUCCUUUACGAACAGCAAAGUCAUUUCUAAUGCAAGCGGCGCGGAGGAGUCAAGAGAUCACAGCCCAUACAGGGCGAGUGAAAACGUGGAAAAUGACCUGUGCGCAGGCAGGUCUGGGAACGCAGAUAGGAGCGAGGAAAGGAGGGGUUCAUAUAUUAUCGAUCCGGAUUACUCCUAUGGAAGAAGUGCGAAGAAGACUUCACUUAUGAAUAGGCCAUCCUACUCGGAUGGAAGAAGCGCGAAGGAGACACCACCUAUUAACAGGACAGUCUACUCACACGAAAACGGUUCAUACGAACUCCGCAUAAACAACGCCACUGAAGUCUUUGCUGACAGGUCAGGUGAUUUAAUUCAAAAUGACACAAGUAAGACAACAGGGUCGUAUACGGACCCCUCAGGGGAUGCCAGUGAGAAAACUCCCACAGAUGGAUCAUACGUUAGGAAGACAGACGAUUUUAGUGAAAAUAAUUCGAAGAGGGAUUCUUGCGUGGAGAGGACAAGCGCUACAAACAAGCGGAACGAGCGAAACGAACUCCAUUUUUUUAUUAACAGGUCAAGAAAUUCGAGUAUGAAAAAGAUUAAAAAAGGCUCACAUGUGGAUAGUUCAUCCGAUUCGAAGGAAAACGACGCAGCUGAAUUGGGGGAAACCAACACAGCUGAAUUGGGGGAAAACAACACAGCUGAGUUGGGGGUAAACAACACAGAUGAACUGGGGGUAGGCAGUGUGAGUGAAAUUUGCGCCGAGGGAGUCUCCUAUGUGGACAGUUCUGUGGGCUUCGAAGGAAGGAGCGGGUCCUACAUGAAGAGAUCUAGAAAGGGUUCACAUGUGGACGGAUCUAGAAAGGAUUCAUAUGUGGACGAGUCUAGAAAGGAUUCAUAUGUGGACGAGUCUAGAAGGGGUUCAUAUGUGGACGAGUCUAGAAGGGGUUCAUAUGUGGACGAGUCUAGAAGGGGUUCAUAUGUGGACGAGUCUAGAAGGGGUUCAUAUGUGGACGGAUCUAGAAGGGGUUCAUAUGUGGACGGAUCUAGAAGGCGUUCAUAUGUGGACGGAUCUAGAAGGGGUUCAUAUGUGGACGGAUCUAGAAGGGGUUCAUAUGUGAACGGAUCUAGAAAGGAUUCAUAUGUGGACGAGUCUAGAAAGGGUUCACAUGUGGACGAAUCUAGAAAAAGUUCAUAUGUGGAUGGAUCUAGAAAGGAUUCAUAUGUGGAAGGAUUUAGAAAGGAUUCAUAUGUGGACGGGUCUAGAAAGGGUUCACAUGUGGACGGAUUUAGAAAGGAUUCACAUGUGGACGGGUCUAGAAAGGGUUCACAUGUGGACGGAUUUAGAAAGGAUUCAUAUGUGGACGGAUUUAGAAAGGAUUCAUAUGUGGACGGAUCUAGAAAGGAUUCAUAUGUGGACGGGUCUAGAAAGGGUUCAUAUGUGGACGGGUCUAGAAAGGGUUCAUAUGUGGACGGAUCUAGAAAGGAUUCAUAUGCGGCGGGGUCAAGGAAGGGUUCCUACAUGAGCAAGGAAACCCAUCUGAACGAGGACACCAAAAAAAAGGAAUCCUAUGUGAUCACCGCUGGUGAUUCGAAUGAAACGAGUAAAAGGAAAACUUCUCCAAUUAGUAGUUCAGACAACUUCAGUGACAGCAACAGAAAGAAGUCUUCCCAUAUCGACAGGAGUGACAAUUUGAGUGAAACCAGUUCGAAGACGGGGUCAUAUAUGGACACUUGGGGGGAGACGCGCACAAAGGACAAAAGUGUAUUUUAUAUUAACAGGUCAGGUGAUAUGAGGGGAAGCAGAUCGAGGAAGGCCUCACACAUUAGCAGGAAAAGUGACGUGGGCCAAAGAGAGGAAAGCGCAUCGUGCAUCAGUAGGGCAGGUGGGCUGAAGGAAAACGACACGGGGAAGACGUCAUAUAUGAAUAGGACAGAAUAUUCGAACGAAAAUGAAGGAAGUGUUUCGCUCGUUGGAGAAUCAAGCGAUUUAGGUGAAGUUAACGCGAAGAAAACUUCAUUUGUGGAGGAAGAAAGCGACUCCCACCUUAACCGGUCUGGAGAUUUGAUGGGAAACGGUUCAGGCAAAUUAAAGGUUGGCGCUUCAAAUAAAUUAAAUGUUAGCCCGUCGGGCGAUCUCCCUCGAAAUGAUGAAGAGGAAAACGCCUGUAUUAAUAGGCCAGGCUACCCCUGUGAGAGCAGCCUAAUGGAAGAACAUACGGAAGAGGCAACGAUGUUAAGUGUUAACAGGUCAGAAAAUGCAACCGAAAAGAGGGCAGUGCGGAUGUCAAUAAAUGGAGGGUCCGUUAGUUCACGUCGAAACGAAACAGGGAACCCCCUUUAUCUGACCAGUGGAGACAAUUUUAUUGAAAACGAUUUGAAGGAAUGGAGCCUUAGCACAUCAAAGGGAAGUUCAUCUGUGAAAAAGUUCGGCGAUUCAAAUGGAAGGGACUCGAAAGAACUAGCAGGAGAUGGGGUGAAUAAGAUAAGAGAAAACAGUUCAGGGCAGUCGGAUGAAGACAACCGAAGGAAGUCCUACUUUAGCGUUACCGAUAAUUCAAAGGGGGAGACAGCAAGGAGGAGAUCCUAUGUAAAGGGAACAGAUAACUCGAAUGAAGACAUCCUAAAUGAGGCAUGCACAGAAGGAGAGACAUCGUUUAGUAUUACCAAAUUGAGUGGAAUGAGUGGAGGAAAGUCAAACAGGGGGGCGUUCACCGACAUGACAAUGCCUUCCAGUGACAGAGGAGGUAGGAAGACUUCCCACAUCGUUAACAGGACAGGGGGGUCGAAUGAAAGUACUGCAAGGGACACCUCCGAUAUGAACUAUGUAGACAAUACUGAGAAAGACAACACAAACGAAUCCAUCGGUAGCAUAUCGGUAGGGUCGAACAGAAGCAACACAAAGAAGGGGUUACGUAUGAGCAGGUCGAACCGUCUGAAUGAGGACCCCUCGAAGAGCCAGCCUAUCGUUGGUGUUGGCCAUUCGAAUGAAGGAAGCCGACGGAAGGAAUCGUUCAUGGAGAGGUCAAGGGAGGGAUCAAACAUUGACAAGGAAGACCACUCGAAUAAAACGAGCGAAAGGAAAGUUUCCCAAAUUAUUAGUCCAGACAACUGGAGUGAGAGCAACAGAAAGAAUCCUUCUCAUAUUCACAGGGUGUACAACUCAAACGAAAACGAAUUAAAGGAGGAGACAAGCAUUAACAACUCAGGCGAUUUACUUAAAAACGGUAAUAGGAAGGUGUCCUACACAGAUAGGUCAAGCCAUUACAAUGAAAACAACAAGGAGGAAUCCACUGACGUAAAUGGAUCAGAUGAUUCGAAGGAAGAAAGCACAAACGAAUUGGACAUAGACGGUGCGACGAAAUUUACAGUCAACACUUCAGAUCAUUUAGUAAAAAAAAAUGGAAGGAAUACGUCACAUAUGAAUAAGCCAAACGAUUCCAAUGAAGUAAACACGAGGAAGGAUUCUUCUUUUGAGAAGACAAUUCAUGUUAGUGAAAACGGGUCUAGAAAGACCUUACAUGUGCUAAAGGCAGGGACAGACGAAAUGGCCAACAAGACAGCGGACACAAAUGAAAGCGACUCAACCAAGGCAUGUAUUAACAGUGCAGCCUAUAUAAGUGGAAGCAGCUCUGAGGGGGUUUCCCAUGUUAGUGGGUUGGCCUAUGUGAGCGAAGGCAACAAGAAGGAGGGUUCAUUUAUUAACAGGUUAGAUAGUUUGAGUGAGGACCACAAGAAGAUCUUCCCUAUUGGCAAGGCUGCCGAUUUUAAUGAUAAAAGGGAAGGGGGGUCCCAUAUGAGCAGGGUUGGUUAUUCAAAUGAAAUAAACAACAACUCAUCGCUCAUGAAUAGGAGUGGUGAAUUGGAUGAACAGAGGGAACAAGAUUUUUCCACCACUAGGUUAGGUAGUGCAUAUCAAACGAACGACACCGCUUCUCAUUCAAACGGGGUUGAUGAAUUAGCCGAGAAGAGCGAUUACGACCCCUGCAUGAACAAGUCAGGUGAUAUCGACAAAAGGAAAGACCCCACUUGGAAGGAGAGCCGGGUCGUCACCUCAGGCGAAACGAAGCGGACGGAUGCAUCGAGGGCAAGCAGCGCAGUCAGUGAAAGCCAAAAGCCGAUUAAAAAAUUGAGGGAAUAUUUUGUGAGUGGAAAAAACGAUUCAGGGGUGUUGAAAGACAACACGAGGGACGUAACUGGGGGACUACGCAGUAGGGGCACGAACGAAAAAGGAACAAACGAAAAGGGAACAGACGAAAAGAACAACCCUCACCGUUUUAAAAACUUCCAGGGGAAAUACAAAUUUCAAAUGAACAUGAAAGAGGAGGAAAUAGACGAGCUGCAGAAAAAGUUAAAGGAUGAAUUUCAAAUGCUACACGAAAUGAGCAAAAAGAAAAACAGCCUGAAGAAUAUUUUGGAAAAUUGUGUGCAUGUAAAGUGUGUGGACAAUUCGAAAGAAGUGACUGACGAGGAGCAGUACGACCGAGUUGAUUUGAAACACACCCUGAGUGGAAAUGAAAAGGAACAUACUGGAGGUGACGAAACGGGGAAGGUGCACACGACGGGGCCUUUGCCUGACGUUCAGGACGAAAGCGCAUUUGAAGAUACACGACCGGAGGAGGCAUUCGACAUGUCCAACUUUUCCACGGAGAUGAGUAACCGCGAAAUGAAAAAGCUCAGAAAGUGGAAGUCACUGAUGAUAUCGAAGGAGCACAAAGACGACUGGCUCUCAUCCGACGUCCUCUUAUGGUGUUUCUUGAACUUCAUAAAAUUGAAGAAGAUCGUGAGUAUAACUGAGUUGUCGGUUAAGUUUCAAACGAAGCGGGAGAACAUACGGAGAAAACUCAAAGAACUCGAAGAACACGACAUGAUCCAGGGGGUCAUGGACAUGGAAGAGAACUACAUCUACUUAUCCCAGGAGGAGGUGACAAAACUGUGCGUGGAGAUCCUGUCCAUUGAGAAAAUAAAAACGCACGAAGAUUUCGUGGAAAUAUGCAACAAGGUCAUAUCCCUCAGUAUCAACGAUCAGGAUGUGCAAAAAUUGAAAGAAGUGGAGGAAAAAAUUGUUGAAGCGAAUAAAAAAAGAUAUUCCGAUUUUGCCUGCACAACCUGA